GCCAGUGCAAACAUGUGCAGUUUUUAUGGCUAACUCUCGCCAUGCAAAAAACUAAAUUUGAAAUGACCAGCAAUCAGGAGAUUUUUCAUGGAAUCGACCAAAUGUUUAAAAAGGAAUUAAGCGAUGAUCAAGCUCAAGGUAUCAGGGAGAAUGCAGCACAUGUGCCACCAGAACAUUUGGACAUUUUCCUUGAAAUCCUUUUCGAAUGCAUAAUGUUGAACAUCACCAAACCAGAAGAAAAUGAAGAGGACAACAGGCUACACACAAGUUUACACGACACAAUGUUCGGCUACAUCGACGCAAGAGCCUACGAUGUCGAAGAAGAAUUUCCAGAUUGGGCAGUAUCAGUACUGGGAAGAAUUAUCCAAAAUGAAGGAGAUUUGAAGAUUGAAAAUUGUCAAGCCAUAAAAACAUGGGAGACAUUGUAUGAGACAUCCUGUUUGAGACGGGAUAACGUGUGAUUAUUUGGAUAUCAAAGAUAUUUUGAUAUCAAAGAACCAUUAACUCAACACUUUAAAAAUUAAAUUAUUCU